GUCUUUGGGUUCUUCGGCUGGAUCCAAGAUGCAAGGUCUUUGGGUUUUUCGGCUGGAUCUAAGAUGCAAGAUGGGUCUUUGGGUUUUUCAGCUGAAUCCAAGGUGCAAGGUGGGUCUUUGGGUUCUUCGGCUAGAUUCAAGGUGCAAGGUGGGUCUUUGGGUUCUUCGGCUGGAUCCAAGGUGCAAG